AUGAAGAAGCUUGCGCUUGCGACGGAGCGCAAUGCUUCGGGUGUGAUUGUUAGCGACAAGCAAAGCCGCGAUAUUCACAUUGAAAGUUUCUCCAUGUCUUUCCACGGCCGUCUCCUGAUUGACAAUGCCACAGUACAGCUUAACUAUGGUCAGCGCUAUGGCCUUCUUGGCGAGAAUGGCUGCGGUAAGACAACUUUUUUGGAAGCACUUGCAAAUCGUGAUGUGGAAAUCCCUGCGCAUAUCGACAUUUACCUUGUCCGUGGUGAGGUCGACCCUACGGAAGAACAAGCACUAGACUACAUUAUCAAGUCUGCUCGCGAAAAGGUUGUGCGCAUUGAGAAGGAGAUUGAGGACAUGUCCGUUGCUGAUGACAUUGACGAGAUGGCACUUGCGCUCAAGUAUGAAGAGCUCGAAGAACUCGACCCCAGUACGUUUGAGGCGAAAGCGAGUGCCAUUCUGCACGGUCUUGGUUUCUCGCAGGCGAUGAUGGCCAAGCCGACCAAGGAUCUUUCUGGUGGUUGGCGUAUGCGUGUGUCUUUGGCGCGUGCUUUGUUCAUCAAGCCGCACCUGCUUUUGAUGGAUGAGCCGACCAACCACUUGGACUUGGAAGCAGUCGUGUGGUUGGAGGCGUACUUGUCGACCUAUAACCAUAUUUUGGUUUUCACUUCGCACAGUGCCGAUUUCAUGGACAAUGUGUGCACCAACAUUUUGGACUUGAAUCUCCUUAAAGAGUUCAUCACCUACGGUGGUAACUACAGCACCUACGUACGCACCAAGUCGGAGAAUGAAGUGAAUCAAAUGAAGGCAUACCAAAAGCAACAGGAAGAAAUUGCGCAUAUCAAGAAGUUUAUCGCCAGCGCUGGUACUUACGCCAAUUUGGUCAAGCAGGCCAAGUCUAAGCAGAAGAUCAUUGAUAAGAUGGAGGCCGCUGGCCUCAUCGAGCCAGUAGCACAGCCCAGGAUGCUGCGCUUCAACUUUGAGGACGUGCGCAAGUUACCUCCUCCAAUUAUCGCGUUCAACGACGUCGGCUUCAGCUACAGCGGCAAGCGCGAAGACUUUUUGUACAAAGACUUGAGCUUUGGUAUUGAUAUGGACUCUCGUGUGGCCAUCGUCGGUCAGAACGGAACCGGAAAAUCUACACUGCUCAAUCUCGUCACAGGAGCACUCCAGCCCGUGGACGGUAGCGUGCAGCGUCACGCUGGUUUGAAACUCGGCAAGUACUCGCAGCACUCUGCCGACCAGCUGCCAUACGACAAGAGCCCGCUCGAGUACAUCGAGUCGAAGAACAAGGAAAAGUACCCUGAAAAGGAUGUGCAGUUCUGGCGUGGCCAGCUGGGUCGCUUCGGUCUUUCUGGGCAGCACCAAACGACUGCCAUUCGUACACUUUCGGAUGGUCUCCGUAACCGAGUUGUCUUUGCGCAGCUUGCCAUGGAGAAUCCUCAUAUUCUUUUGCUUGAUGAGCCUACCAACCAUUUGGACAUGAGCUCGAUUGACGCACUUGCCAAGGCUAUUAAGGAGUUCGAGGGAGGUGUGGUUAUUGUUUCGCACGACUUCCGUCUCAUUUCACAGGUGGCCGAAGAGCUUUGGGAGGUCAAAGAUCGCAAGAUUGUCAACCUCACCAAGCAGGAUAUCGGUAUCGCUGACUACAAGAAGAUCCUUAUGAAAGAGAGUGCGACUGCAAUUGAGCGCGCCAAACUUACGGCGAAGACGUCCAACUAA